AUGAGAGGCACGCUCUCCUGCAAGCAGGAGCUCCGCGGGUGGCGUGAGUGGCAAGUGUGCAGCGAGUCGGCUUGGCUCAAAGUAGACCCAAGCGCCACCCUGCGGGGUUCGAGUGACCUCGGUGAGCUGCGUCGCGCCAUUCGCGGAUGUCGUCCACACACACACAUCCUUCUCCAAGCCUCAUUGGCGCCUCGGCCCCAUAUUACAUGUUCUUUGAUUUCGGCCCCCGAGGAGCCCGUGGCCAGGAUGCGCGGGCGCGCCUUCGGCGCCUGGCGGCGCGGGGCGCGCGGGGCGGAGCUCCUGCGCGCCGCGCUGGAGGCGGGGGACGCCCACCUGGCGGAGGCCGGCUUCGCCUUCCGGGUCUGCAACCUGGACCAGGACCACCCGCUGCGCAACGAGGUCUUCGAGAAGCCAAGCUUCCGAACCCUUUUCCUGCAGAAGGACCUCGUCGCCGGUGCGCGGGGGCCGCCGCCGCUGUGGGAGCCCGAGAGCUUCCACGACCCGCGGGACAUCUGA